GGAGGACUCACUCCUUUGGUCACAUGACUGUUACGUCAUCAAGAUGCUUCUGUAUCAUGAAAGCUCGGUGCGACCGUGAGAUGUCCACGUCGCUGGGACGGCUCCUCAUGCCCCCCCUUUGACCGGCGGACGCCACCAGGAUGCAGGCGGAGGGCGACGCGUUUAGUUGUCCAGACUGUGGGAAGAGCUUCAGUCAGCGCUCCACCCUGACGCGCCACCAGAGCCUUUGCCGUAAGUCCGGCAGUGCACCGGAGGCCUUCAGCAGUGCACAUCAGUGCACCGUGUGCCAGAAAAGCUAUGAGAGCGCCAGCCAGCUGCGCAGGCACGCCCGGAGCCAUGGCGAGGAGGAGCGCUACAUGUGCUGCCAGUGCGGCCUCACCUUCACCAGUAACGUCGCACUGGUCCGCCACCAGAGGACGCACAGCGCCGAGCGACCCUUCAGCUGUCCGCAGUGCAACAAGGGCUUCAAGUCCAAGGCAGCCCUUGUCCGCCACCAGAGGUCGCACUCCGAGGAGCAGCCGCCGCCAUACCAGUGCGACGUGUGCACCAAGGGCUUCUCCCUGAAGAGCAGUCUCAUCAGCCACCUGAGGACACACGCCGGAGAGACCCCCUACACCUGCUCCUCCUGUGAGCGCAGGUUCUGCUCCAAGUCUGACCUGAUCGAGCACGAGCAAAGUCACCAAGAGGAAGAAUCUGAGGAAGGUUCUGACUCCAUGGACGAGGAUGACGAGGAUUUUAUCAAGCUGAAGAUCAUGGACAUCUCUUCUGAUGAACUCGAGGAUCCGUCCAGUUCUGAAAACGAGAACAACAAUGAUGAGAGGGGGGAGGAGCAGCCAGAAGACUCCGACAUGAUGGAGGAUGUGAAGGAGGAGAAGGACAUCAACAGGAUCAUAGUCGAGGAUCCUGAUGACGAGCUCAGUGACGAGUGGGAGAUGAAGACGUCCCCGGUGGACCGCUCGCCCUCAGAUGAGAAGAGCCCACACUGGUUGGAGCAGCAGAUGGACGCUGGGAAAAUGCAAGGAAAGCUGCCGGUUGAGGAUGGCAGAGUGGCUGACGAGAAGUCUCCAUCUGCACAGAGUCUUGUAAAACUUGAAGAUGUUCCCGGAGAUCCCGUGGAUUCUGACUCUAAGAUGUCAUUACCAAAUAACGCUAAGAGCGGAAUCAUCUGCGCGGACUGCGGCAAGAUCUUUACAUCGCCAGCACAGCUCUCUGCGCACCAGAAGACGCACGCUGCAGGCCGACCCUUCCCCUGCACCGAAUGCGGCAAGAGCUUCAGUUACCGCUCCACCCUUGUCCGACACCAGAGGUCUCGCUGCCGUAUUCUGGGGACAAAGAAGACCCCCAGCCUCAGUCAGGCCCUCACCGACACCUCGGAGCUCGCCCAGAAAUGCGGCAUCUGCGCCCAGAAGUUCCAGCACCUGAGCGAGCUAAAGAAGCACCUGACCAGUCACAUGGGUGACGACGGGGGGCGCUACACGUGCCAGGACUGCGGCCGUGACUUCAACUGUAACUACUUCUUAGUGAGGCACCAGAGGACGCACACGGGAGAGCAGCCCUUUAAGUGCAAGCUCUGCUGGCGAGGAUUCUCCCAGAGGGCGAGCCUGGUCAUCCACAUCAGGACACACACCGGUGAACGGCCGUACAAUUGCUUUGUCUGCGGCAGAGCUUUUUAUUCCCGCUCGGCCAUGUUACGGCACCAGCGCAGCCGCCAUGACAUCAUGAAGAACUGGAGAGGGGAGAAAAAAGGGAAGGCAUCGAGUCGUGAACCUGUUCAGAGGAGCUCCGCGGACACGGCGAGAGUGGACUCCUCACAAGAGAGGACCCCGACUGUGAAUCCUCAUGGAGAAGGUGCGGACAGGAGACCUGAUGCCAUCACUGAUGGGAAGGAGAUGAAUGGCCGCAGUCAGGGUCAGCGGUCCCUGGAGACAGACUUGGCGGCUCGCUCGUUGCUCGCACAGCACAGGAAUCUGCUCUGCAACUCCAAGAUCCGAGAGAUCUCCAAUAACUGUGCACUGGGCUCUCGGCCGGACUACAAAUGUGGCAUCUGUCAGGUGACCUGCAUGGACCCCGGCGAGAUGAAGAGGCACCUGAAGAGUCACGGUGGGGAUCAGCGCUACAUGUGUCGCCAGUGCGGCCGCUCCUUCACCAGUAACUUCUACCUGGUCCGGCACCAGAGGACGCACACCGGGGAGCGACCCUUCACCUGUCCGCAGUGCAACAAGAGCUUCAAGUGCAGCUCCGUCCUGCUCCGCCACCAGAGGAUCCACUCUGCAGAUCAGCCGUAUCAGUGUGAGGUGUGCACCAAGGGCUUCUCUCAGAAGACCAGCCUCAUCAUCCAUCUGAGGACACACACCGGGGAACGACCCUUCAGCUGCUGGAUCUGUGGGCGAAGCUUCUGCUCCAGGUCUGCACUGAUGCGCCAUGAACAAAAUCACAUGCCAGGUGGACAAGAGAAAAUUUCGACAAGAAGCGCCCGACGAGAGAAGGAGAAACAUUCUGUCAAACAGGAGCCUGUAUACGAGGAACGAGAUGCGCAGCGUUCCCCGAGUAGAGGAGACUCCGCGGCACAGGAACAGCGCAGGGAACACAGGAGAGAAGCGGAAAAUGACAGGAAUCCUGGAGAUGUUAGGAAGGAAGCCUGUGGUGAGGAGGAGAAGCCACAGGUGGAGCGGGAAGGGUGCAGCAAUUGUAUGUGUCCGGACUGCGGUAAGUUCUUCCCUUCUGACUUGCUCCUCAGAGAACACCAAAAGCUGCACGCGGAGAACCCCUGCUACGUCUGCUCCGACUGUGGGAAAAGCUUUGGUCACCGCUCAUCUCUCCUCCGUCACCGGAACUCGCACUGCAGCCAGCAGCCGGGGAUCGUCUUCCCAGAGCCAGUCACGUCCAUCACUCCCGGCCAGCAAUUCCACAAGUGUGGCAUCUGUCACCUGAACUUCUCCUGCUCUAAAGACCUCAGGAGGCACCUGAGGAGCCACAAAGGAGACGGUACGUUCAUGUGCCGCGAGUGUGGUCAGACGUUCGCCUGCAACUUCUCUCUGGUGAGGCAUCAGAGGACACAUAGUGGCGAGCGACCCUUCACCUGUCCGCAGUGCAACAAGAGCUUCAAGUGCAGCUCCGUCCUGCUCCGCCACCAGAGGAUCCACACCGGGGAGCAGCCGUACCAGUGUGACGUGUGCCUACGAUGCUUCUCCCAGAAGCCCAGCCUCAUCAACCACCUGCGGACACACACCGGGGAACGACCCUUCAGCUGCCAAGUCUGUGGGCGCAGCUUCUGCUCUCGGUCCGCCCGGAUGCGACACGAGCAAGGUCACCAACAGGACUCUCAGAGCAAAGAGGCAGCAGCCCCUGGAGGGCUGGGGGAAGGGGAUGGUGGGCCUCCACCCCUGCUUCAACAUUUUAAGCAAAGCCAAUCAACGGUCCUGUUAAAAAGAAGAUGGAGAUGGCAGCGUGGGACAAAAACCAACAGUGAUGACAGACAAAAGUCUGUGGAGCAUCUGUAUGUUAGAUGUGUCACUUUCCAAGGCUAUUCUGGGGGGGCGGCAUCUCGGGGCGACCGCUCUGAAGGCGGGAUCUCGGGGCGAACGCUCUGGAGGCGGCAUCUCGGGGCGACCGCUCUGAAGGCGGGAUCUCGGGGCGAACCCUCUGGAGGCGGCAUCUCGGGGCGAACGCUCUGGAGGCGGCAUCUCGGGGCGAACGCUCUGGAGGCGGCAUCUCGGGGCGAACGCUCUGGAGGCGGCAUCUCGGGGCGACCGCUCUGGAGGCGGCAUCUCGGGGCGACCGCUCUGGAGGCGGCAUCUCGGGGCGACCGCUCUGGAGGCGGCAUCUCGGGGCGACCGCUCUGGAGGCGGCAUCUCGGGGCGACCGCUCUGGAGGCGGCAUCUCGGGGCGACCGCUCUGGAGGCGGCAUCUCGGGGCGACCGCUCUGGAGGCGGCAUCUCGGGGCGACCGCUCUGGAGGCGGCAUCUCGGGGCGACCGCUCUGGAGGCGGGAUCUCGGGGCGAACGCUCUGGAGGCGGGAUCUCGGGGCGAACGCUCUGGAGGCGGGAUCUCGGGGCGAACGCUCUGGAGCUGCCGCUGCUCGCCGGAAGUGGGCGGGGCGUGCCUGCCGGGUCGGGCAGCAGCAGGACGGGAGACAGGAGGCUGCUGUCAGCUUCGAGGCUCCGGCUCUGUUCAGGCCGCGGCCGCCUGCAGCUUCCCAGGAGGAGGCGGGAUGUGAGGAGCGGCCGGGCAGGACCAUGGAGGAUAAGCAGAUUGGGACGGAGCUGGUGAAGAUGGAGGCCCCGGAUUUCCCCCCGGAGGGGGCGGAGCUGGCGGAGUCCGUGGACUGUCUGAUGGACUAUAACUUGGGGACGCAGCUGACGGUGGAGCAGGAGAUCCAGAUCGGGGACGGCCCGCCGCCGUGUGUGGACUACGACGCCAGCUUCCUGCCCAGGAAGACUCCGAAACCGCGGCAGCGCCGGGCGUCCGGGCAGCGCAACUACAACUGCACGCGGUGCGGCAAGAGCUUCCUGCGCUGCAGCGACCUGGUGAAGCACGAGAAGACGCACACGGACGUGCGGCUGUACGCCUGCAACAUCUGCGGGAAGAACUUCCGCCGCCACACCUCACUGCUGAUCCACGGCCGGAUCCACACGGGGGAGCGCCCCUACCAGUGCACCCAGUGCGGCAAGAGCUUCGUCCAGCGCCAGCACCUCACCACCCACCUGCGCACCCACACCGGCGAGAAGCCCUUCCAGUGCAUCGAGUGCGGCAAAGGCUUCCGCUGGAGGUCCGAGCUGCUGAAGCAUCAGAAGAACCACACCGACAAGUCCAGCUCCGGUUUCGAUGACCUCGCCGCCUCGUUUUCUAAGGAAGAAUGGAUGGAGCUGGAGGAAUGGCAGAAGGAGCUGUACCGGAACGUCAUGAAGGAGACCUCCGAGACGCUGAUCUCUCUGGGUGAAGGUUUGGUGGAGAAGGCGAUGGGUGAGAAGCCCCCGGACGAGCCGGCCCCCAGCCUGACCGUGGACUGUGCCAGUAACCUACCUCUGUGCCCGGAGGGGGUGGUGGCGGCGUGCAGUAACCCUCUGGGCGGAGCAGAGGGGCCCCUCGGGCAGACCCUGGACAUCGCUGAGGGGAAGGUCUUCACAGAUGAAGUGAAGUUCCCGGACCGCGCCAACGGCAGCAGCUCGGAGCGGGCGCACGCCUGCGCAGAGUGCGGGACGCUCUUCUACAACAAGCGGACGCUGAAGGCGCACCUGCGCGGUCACCUGGGCGAGCGCUCCUACAUCUGCAACGUGUGCGGCAAAUGCUUCCGCCGCCACACCUCCCUGCUCAUCCACGAGCGCAUCCACACGGGGGAGCGCCCCUACCAGUGCACCCAGUGCGGCAAGAGCUUCGUCCAGCGCCAGCACCUCAACACCCACAUGAAGACCCACACCGGCGAGAAGCCCUUCCAGUGCGGCCAGUGCGCCAAAGGCUUCCGCUGGAGGUCCGAGCUGGCCAAGCAUCAGAAGGUCCACGAGGAGGCUGCUGACACGUCCAUUAAAGAAGAACACAGAGACUCCGAUCCAUGUGAGGACAUAAAGGCGGCACAGCCAGGCACCGCCUCCAAUCGUCCUACCGCGACUCCCCCGGCCACAGAGAAGAGUGCGGGCAGACGGCGUCCUCGAAACGCUAAGGCGGAGAAGGCGCACGCCUGCGCGGAGUGCGGGAAGGUCUUCUAUAACAAGCGGACGCUGAAGGCGCACCUGCGCAGUCACCUCGGGGAGCGCUCCUACAUCUGUAACGUGUGCGGCAAGUGUUUCCGGAGACACACGGCGCUGCUCAUCCACGAGCGCAUCCACACGGGGGAGCGCCCCUACAAGUGUCUGCAGUGCGGCAAGAGCUUCGUGCAGCAGCAGCACCUGACCACCCACCGCCGGACGCACACCGGCGAGAAGCCCUUCCCCUGCCACCUGUGCGGGAACAGCUACCGCUGGAGGUCCGAGCUGCUGAAGCACCAGAGGGUCCACGAGGAGGAGCAGACCCCGGUCGGCGGCACUGAGGGCGGGCAGAGAGAAUCCACCAGUAGGAGGCUACGACACAGACGAGAGGCGCCAGCGGGGGCGCUGUGUGCCCUGGAGCGGGGCAAGGCUCUGGGGAAGCGGGCGCGCCUCCUCCUCCGGCAGCGGGCGCAGAAAGCGGAGCGGGCGCUCACCUGCCCAGACUGCAACAAAACCUUCCUGAACAAGCGGACGCUGCGCACUCACCAGCGGGUGCACACCGACGAGCGCUCCUACAUCUGCAACGUGUGCGGCAAGAGCUUCCGCCGACACACCUCCCUGCUCAUCCACGAGCGCAUCCACACGGGGGAACGCCCCUACCAGUGUGCCCAGUGCGGCAAGAGCUUCGUCCAGCGCCAGCACCUCACCACCCACCUGAAGACCCACACCGGCGAGAAGCCCUUCCAGUGCGGCCAGUGCGCCAAAGGCUUCCGCUGGAGGUCCGAGCUGGCCAAGCAUCAGAAGGUCCACGAGGAGGAGGAGAGUCUUCUGUCCGCGGCUGAGUCCGCCUGCAAGACGGAGAAUGAGAACUUUCUAGAUGAUGACUGGAAGGCCAUCACCGGUGCCCAGAACCUGCAGAGAGGACAACCCAAUGGGGAGGCCGAGAAGGGGGGGAGCUCGGACCGCGGUGCGCAGGAGAGACUCCACCCCUGUGGCCAGUGUGAGAAGACCUUCCUGAGGAGCUCCGAUCUGCUGAGACACCAGAGGAGCCACCUGGGAGAGCGGCCGUACGUCUGCAACCAGUGCGGCAAGUGCUUCAGGCGCAACACCUCGCUGCUCAUCCACGAGCGCAUCCACACGGGGGAGCGCCCCUACCAGUGCGCCCAGUGCGGCAAGAGCUUCGUCCAGCGCCAGCACCUCACCACCCACCUGAAGACCCACACCGGCGAGAAGCCCUUCCCCUGUGCGCAGUGCGGCAAGAGCUACCGCUGGAGGUCCGAGCUGCUGAAGCACCAGAGGGUCCACAGCAACGAGGCCCCGGUGACCUUUGAUGACGUCGCUGUGUGUUUUUCGGAGGAUUGGAAGGACCUUGAGGAAUGGCAGAAGGAGCUGUACCGCAACAUGAUGAAGGAGAGCGCCGACUCCCUGAUGUCACUGGGCGAGGUCUGGAUCGGUAAGAACGGGAAGGAGAUGAGCCUGGAGAAGCCUCCUGAGAUGCUGGAGAUGUCCUCGGACUGUAAGGAGGACCUCCCGCUCGGUGCAGAUGUGGUGUGUGAGGUGCGGGACUUCUCCGCUGACGAGCCGCACACCUCCAGCUUCCGGCCGGGCGUGCCCUUUCUGGACCAGCGCCCCCGGAUGCCGCGGGAGAAGCUCUUCUCCUGUAACCAGUGCGAGAAACGUUUUGCACGAAGCUCCGAUCUGCUGAAGCAUCAGAGGAGCCACCAGGGCGGCGACAAAGCGAACUUGUGUAACGAGUGCGGCAAAAUAUUCCGCCGCCGCACGGCCUUACUCAUCCACAAGCGCAUCCACACGGGCGAGCGGCCCUACAAGUGUAAGCAGUGCGGCAAGUGCUUCGUACAGCGGCAGCACCUCACCACCCACGUCAAGACCCACACCGGGGAGCGGCCGUACCCCUGCAGCCAGUGCGGCAAAAGCUACCGCUGGAGGUCCGAGCUCAGCAAGCACCAGAAGGUCCACACCGAGGUCCUGAGCUCCUCCAUGGAGUACACGUUCCUGUGCGGAGUCCCUGCUGGUUCAGUGUCUGCAGUGUGUCCCCCCCCGGUGCGCAGCCAAAUUAUGGGAGUAGCUACCAGAACGCCGCGCUGCGGCUGUGACGUCACAGGUAGUCCAGGAGCACGGCGACAUCUAGCGGUCACGGCUGGCAUGGCACGGCGCGGAGCGGCCGGGAUGAGGGAAGAGAGCGCAGUGACCUUCGAUGACGUGGCGGUCCAGUUCUCGCAGGAUGAGUGGCGGGGGCUCCAGACGCAGCAGAAGGAUUUGUACAGGGAGGUGAUGACCGACAAUUAUCUCAACCUGACGUCACUGGGACUUACCAUUUCACCCCCGGAGAUUGUGGUGAAGAUGGAGAGGGGGGAGGAGCCGUGCGCCGCUGCUGCAGGUGACAGGGUGGUGAACGGAGACGCUGCGGACCGCCAUGAGGGUCUGUGGGGUGAAGACCGAGCGGAGGAGGGGGCCCGGGGCGUCAGCCCGUCAGGGGGCGUGGUCACUAGAAGGUCUUUAAGACUAGUAAAAAGAAAUUCUGGACAGUGGCCAGAAGAGCGAAGAUGGAAGCCGGAGGAGAGGACGUCAGCGGAUGCUCCUGAUCGGGCCCCCGGGGCCGCCGAGGACUGGCGCCUGCCCGCUGAUCUCUGCGGAGGCCCCAGUGACGGCAGCAGCAGCAGGAAACCUUGUAAGCGGGACGCGGACAGCGAGGGGAAGCGGCACACGUGCGGCCAGUGCGGAGAGAGCUGGGGCCGCCUCAUCGACCUCCUGACGCACCAGAUGGGCAGCUGCCAGGACCGGCCGCACCGCUGCAACAUCUGCGCCAAGACCUUCGCCAAAAAGCAGCAUCUGAGCGCCCACCGGAGGACGCACACCGAGGAGCGCCCCUACACCUGCAACCAGUGUGGGAGGAGCUUCCGGCAGAACUCCACCCUCACCACCCACCUGUGGAGCCACGCCGGCCACAAGCCCUUCCACUGCUCCUGCUGCCCCAAGAGCUUCAGCCGCAAGACGGACCUGGUGGCCCACAUGAGGAGGCACACGGGCGAGCGCCCCUACGAGUGUCCCUACUGCUGGGACCGCUUCAUACGGAAGAAGUCUCUGCAGCGCCACCUACAGAAACACGCGGGGGAGAACCUGAGGAGCUACCCCCGAAUGAAGCAGAGCGAGGGGAACAUGAAGAUGGAGGAGCUCCCUACAGAAGAGCUGCCCACCAGAGAGCGUCACCGUCAGCGGGAUGCAGAGCGGAGGGUGGAGUCCUCGUAUGUAGCCUGCCCACCGCCGCCCCGACAGGAGUCAAACCCGCUAGCGGAACCCAUAAAAUUGGAGGUGGAAGACGAGAGGCACCAACCUGAGGGCGUCCCCAAGGUGGAGCAGAGCACCCAGACGGAGAACAAGAGGCCCGGUCGGCUGCACCAGGAGAUGCUGCGGGAGCUCAAGAGGUUCCGCAGGAGCGCAGCGCAGGCUCAGCAUGAGCGGGACCUUAUGAGAUCGGCCAUGGACCAGAUGGCCCAGGAGAUGAAGGAGCUGAAGGAGAUGGUGGCCUCACUCUGCUCCUCCAGCAGCCGCCAUCCUUCAGCGCAGUCGUCCUCCAUGUUGGUGCAGAAUUCCUGUCCUGUGUGGAGCCGGACCCCCGAGGACAGACAGUCUACAGAGUCCAGCCGGGCGUCCCCCGAGAGCAGCCUGCAGUGCGGGUACACCUAUCCCCUGGAAGCCCUGACUGAGCAGAGCCAAGAGCCGGUGUCUUGGAUGUACCAGAACCCCCAUCAUGACGAGGACGACAUGUUACCCACCACCACCAUCAAACGUGAGGAGGAGGAGGAGGAGCUCAGCCUGUCCCCCGAGGCUGGCUACUACCAGCAUUCCCAGUAUGACUCCUGUAGGAUUGGUGAGCGUCUCCCAAACAUCUCCAUGAUGCCCCUGAGUGCGGAGAAGGAGUGGGGCCUCCUGGCCCGGAGCGCCGGGAAGCCGGGGAGGUUCGCCGCCCUCCUGUUCCGGGCUCUGGUCCCUUUUGAUAUCUACAAGAGUUGGGUGAACAGGGUCAAUCUGGACGGCCUGAGGGGCAGACAGGGGAUCCCGCUGAACGUGAAGAGGCGCGUGAUGGCCGUGGUGGAGCGCCACUUUGCCCUGCGCAAGUCAGACCACAGUGAGAUCCGCAACAGGCUCAACGAACAGCUGCGCACCCGGCGCAAGAGCGACAAACACCCCCAGGCCGGACUGUCAGAAGUACAGCUCCUCAGCAGGUAGAAGCCGAGGAGCAUGGGGCAUCCAACACGAGCAGCCUUCCUGACCUACUCUGCUGCACUCCACAGUAUGAGAGUAUCAGAGUUAUUAUAUACAGGAGCAAGGAUUGAUCCUCUGGGACUGACCUCCCAUAAAGCCUUCAUGUAUUGCCAGGUAGUCACAUAAUGGACGGGGGGAUGAGGUGUACUCCUCAGUUAUUAAAGGGUAACCCCACAGCUGCCCCCAAAUACUACCACUGACAUUACAGACCUUGUCCUGGAGGUAGGUCAGCCUCCAGCCUGGGUGACAUGUAAGUCCGCGUGAUGAAGUGGUCCGACACUCCAUGCUGCACGGGCCGCACCGCAGACCGAGAGCAGACUAGAGAGGACACAUACUCCUAAGGGACUUCACCACCAUGAGGCCACAUCUUUUACAUUUUUAACUCAUUUUUAUUUUGUAUCUUACCAUGCAGAAUAAAUGAUGACAUGUUGCAGUUUUCACAGUGGCCACUAGAUGUCGACAACGGGCACUUUAGCUUGGCGGGAAGACUGCAGCUUGCUUUACAGCCUGUGGUAAAGGUGACUGUUAUUAGCUUUAUAGACAAAGAGCUCAUGGAAAGGUCUGCUGUGCCUCCCGAAAUAAGCUUGUGGACUGGAGGCAUGAGGCACCAGGGAGUGAGGUUAUCUGCAGGAAAUUGGCUUCUGCCUCAUGAGGGGGUAUCGCCUUCCUCUGGAUGCACUGUACAGGAUAACAGGCUGAACUGGGAGGACGCAGGGCUUAUUCCAGCCUAGGUAAGGGCGCGUUCACAUCACCGUCAGCUUUCUGUUCCUCUGAUCUGUCAAAAAUCAAGAAAAAAGAAAAAUAAAGAAAACAAUAGAUCCUGA